CGCCUGUCAGCCGGCCCCUGCGCCCGCCAGGCUCAGCUCCGACCUUGCAGCGGCGUAGCGCGGGCAGGAGGCGGGAGCAGCGGCGGGCGGAGCGCAGCAAGCUCAGCUCGCAGUGCGAUCUCCAAUGAGCUGCGUGGAACCUGCGCCCUGGACGACCUGAGCCAGCUGCGCGCCCCCCUCUACGACCCACCUGGUGCCAGGUAAGGGCCCAGCGAGAGGACCCCCGACCUAAGACCCUACCAGGUCAGUCUUGCCCUGUAGACCAUGAUGGCCUUGCCCCCGUGAUUGACAGCCUGCCCCUGGUGCCUGCCCCUUGGCACCUGCCUGCAGCCAACCAGCAGGAUGAGGCUAUGGAAGGCAGUGGUGGUGACAUUGGCCUUCAUGAGCAUGGACGUCGGUGUGACCACGGCCAUCUAUGCCUUCAGCCACCUUGACCGCAGCCUGCUGGAGGACAUCCGUCACUUCAACAUCUUUGACUCGGUGCUGGACCUCUGGGCAGCCUGCCUGUACCGCAGCUGCCUGCUGCUGGGGGCCACCAUCGGGGUGGCCAAAAACAGUGCCCUGGGGCCACGGCGGCUGCGGGCCUCGUGGGUUGUCAUCACCCUCGUGUGCCUCUUGGUGGGCAUCUACGCUAUGGUCAAGCUGCUGCUUUUCUCUGAAGUGCGCAGGCCCAUCCGGGACCCGUGGUUCUGGGCCCUGUUUGUGUGGACGUACGUCUCGCUGGCCGCCUCCUUCCUGCUCUGGUGGCUGCUGUCCACCGUGAGGCCAGACGCCGAGUCCCUGGAGUCAGGGGCGGCCACCGAGGCUGAGGGCUUCCACAGGGAGGCCCGACCUACAGCCGAGCAGGCAUCAGGGGCCACGUUACAGAAGCUGCUGUCCUAUACCAAGCCCGAUGUGGCCUUCCUCGUGGCUGCCUCCUUCUUCCUCAUCAUGGCGGCUCUGGGCGAGACCUUCCUGCCCUACUACACAGGCCGCGCCAUCGACAGCAUCGUCAUCCAGAAGAGCAUGGACCAGUUCAGCACUGCUGUCAUUGUCGUCUGUCUGCUGGCCAUCGGCAGCUCAUUUGCCGCAGGUAUUCGAGGCGGCAUUUUCACCCUCAUAUUUGCCAGACUGAACAUUCGCCUCCGGAACUGUCUCUUCCGCUCGCUGGUGUCUCAGGAGACGAGCUUUUUUGACGAGAAUCGCACAGGGGACCUCAUCUCCCGCCUCACCUCGGACACCACCAUGGUCAGCGACCUGGUCUCCCAGAACAUCAACAUCUUCCUGAGGAACACAGUCAAGGUCACGGGCGUGGUGGUCUUCAUGUUCAGCCUCUCGUGGCAGCUCUCCCUGGUCACCUUCAUGGGCUUCCCCAUCAUCAUGAUGGUGUCCAACAUCUAUGGCAAGUACUACAAGAGACUUUCCAAGGAGGUCCAGAGUGCCCUGGCCAGAGCCAGCAACACGGCUGAGGAGACCAUCAGCGCCAUGAAGACUGUGCGCAGCUUUGCCAACGAGGAAGAGGAGGCAGAGGUGUAUUUGCGGAAGCUGCAGCAGGUGUACAAGCUGAACCGGAAGGAGGCGGCUGCCUACAUGUACUAUGUCUGGGGCAGUGGGCUCACGCUGCUGGUGGUCCAGGUCAGUAUUCUCUACUAUGGAGGCCACCUCGUCAUCUCGGGACAGAUGACCAGCGGCAACCUCAUCGCCUUCAUCAUCUACGAGUUCGUCCUGGGGGAUUGUAUGGAGUCUGUGGGAUCUGUCUACAGUGGCCUGAUGCAGGGCGUGGGGGCAGCUGAGAAGGUGUUCGAGUUCAUUGACCGGCAGCCGACCAUGGUGCAUGAUGGUGACUUGGCCCCCGACCACCUGGAGGGCCGCGUGGACUUUGAGAAUGUGACCUUCACCUACCGCACACGGCCCCACACCCAGGUCCUGCAGAAUGUCUCCUUCAGCCUGUCCCCAGGCAAAGUGACGGCCCUGGUGGGGCCCUCUGGCAGCGGGAAGAGCUCCUGUGUCAACAUCUUGGAGAACUUCUACCCACUACAGGGGGGCCGAGUGCUACUGGACGGCAAGCCCAUCGGUGCCUAUGACCACAAGUACCUGCACCGUGUGAUCUCCCUGGUGAGCCAGGAACCCGUGCUCUUUGCCCGUUCCAUCACAGACAACAUCUCCUACGGCUUACCCACGGUGCCCUUUGAGAUGGUGGUGGAGGCCGCACAGAAGGCCAAUGCCCACGGCUUCAUCAUGGAGCUCCAGGAUGGCUACAGCACAGAGACGGGGGAGAAGGGUGCCCAGCUGUCAGGUGGCCAGAAGCAGCGAGUGGCUAUGGCCCGGGCCUUGGUGCGAAACCCUCCCGUCCUCAUCUUGGAUGAAGCCACCAGUGCUCUGGAUGCCGAGAGCGAGUACCUGAUCCAGCAGGCCAUCCACGGCAACCUGCAGAAGCACACGGUGCUCAUCAUCGCGCACCGCCUGAGCACCGUGGAGAAGGCACACCUCAUCGUGGUGCUGGACAAGGGCCGUGUGGUGCAGCAGGGCACGCACCAGCAGCUGCUGGCCCAGGGCGGCCUCUACGCCAAGCUGGUGCAGCGCCAGAUGCUGGGGCUCGAGCCCGCCUCGGACUACACAGCCGGUCACAAGGAGCCACUGGGCAAUGGCACUCACAAGGCCUGACCUCGGCCCCUGCCUCUCCCAGUGGGGCAGAGGCUCUGGCACCUGCCUUGCAGACAUGCCUGUGGGGCCACAGCAGCUCCCAGCUGCCCUCCGAGUCCAGGUCUGUGGCACUGGGGGGCAACCUGCCACGUCCCACCUUUCACCGCUUCCUGCUCUUGCCCUGGUUCCACCCUGCUCCCCAGGGCACUUCCAGCCUGUGCUGCCAUGAGCACCCCUCUGCUCCCCCCGCCUGGUCUCCCCUGCUGCUCCCCCACGCUCCUAGCAAAGGUGCAGCUGCCUUUUUAAACCAUGACCUUACCAGGUUUUUUUACUGCUUGAUUUGAUGCACUACAGACAACUCCUAGAUUUCAAAAACAUUUUUCUAAUUGGGAGUAAUGAUGGGAAUAUUCACUAAGGUGUUCUAGAAUCUUCUGAGCCAGGAGUGAAGAGCCCUUCCUAAUAGUCUGGGAGAUGCCAGAAAAGAACUAGGCUCACCCUUGCCCCUCCAGAAAAGGGGCUUUCCUGUCCCAGAGGGGAGCACAGGGGUGGAGUGGAACUGUCGCUCCCUCCUCCCAGCUCGGUGAGUCAGGCCUAGGGUGGGCGGGAAAGUGGGAGGCAUCUAGCUGCCCAUAGGCCCCCUGCCAAUCAAAGCCAGUCUCACUGUGAACCACUGCAAACCUCAAUGGGGGAGUGAGGGGCUGGCCAGGCCUGGCAGGGCCUCUGGGGUGCACCCAGCCCACACCCAGCGCUUUAGCCCCCUUGGCCCUGCCUCCUUCUUCCCCUGGCUGGCAGCCAUCUGGACGCCCACCCUGACACUCGGCUGUUUGGAGGCCCUUGGUUGUUUGCAAGAUGCUUUCUCUUUUGUUUGGUGGAUGGGACUGUUGCAAAGCCCAGGGGCCGGCUUUGUCCAAGGUUGUGAGAUAGUGGGAGAACCCAGUCAAUAAAGUGUACUACCUCUGA